AUGCUCUGGGCUGGUCGAACCAAAGACUUUCAUAAUAAUAUUAUGGGUCGAUCCAUAAAUACCCUCUACUAACUUAACAUUAAAACGCCAUUACAAAUGCAGAAGAUGCGUAACUGAAAGAGAAACCAAUCAUCGGAGUUUAUAUUUCUGAAGGCUCAGACAUUUGGAUUUGUUGAACUCCAGAGAAGUUUACUGCUACAUUUGAGAAUGAUUUCAAGAAGAAAAGCUUGGGCUGCGAUGUUUGUGCUCCUGAUGAUUCUGAUGAGAGACUUCGGAGCUGAUUCCAUCACAUGUCAUCAAACUGAGUACAAGAUGGGAGAAGAGUGCUGUCCUAUGUGUCCUAUUGGCAAAAGAGUCAAAGCAGACUGCACAGAGUUUCAAAAUACAUUCUGUUCGCCCUGCACAGACGGGACUUUCAUGGACCUGCCAAACGGACUAAAGAGAUGCAAUCCAUGUUCUACCUGUGACUCAGGAGCUGGGCUGAAGGAAAAGCAACAAUGUGUAAUAACUGCAGACACAGUUUGUGAACCAAUGGAGGGAUUCUACUGUACAGACCUUAAAUCAGGAGGUUGUUCUGUAGCACAGAAACACAGGAGCUGUGAACCAGGACAUUACAUCAGCAGGAAUGGAACAGCCUCCACAGACACAGAAUGCUCUGAAUGCAGCAGUGGAUCAUUUUCUGAUGGAACAAUGUUGUCAUGUCAGCCUCACACACAAUGUGAAAAAGAAAACCUUCAUCUGAUAAAAGCAGGAACAGCUUCAACUGAUGCUGAAUGUGGAGGAAAAAGUUCCAACAUCACAGGAAUUGUGAUCGGUGUUUUGUUUUUGGUGAUUUUUUUAGGUACAGCCAUUGGUGGUGUUUUUCUCUGGCAAUAUCACAAAAACACAAAACCAAAUAUUUGUACAAAACAACAAAAACCCCAAAGGGACCAAGCAGAAGCAGAAGAACAGGGAGUUUGUUUAAAUGCACAAGAAACCGCAAACUAAACACCUGGAAGAAAAUGACUGAUUACUGAUAUGGGAUACUGGCAGAAGCAAGUUGGAUCUUGAGCCUUUGUUUUUACAGUGAGCAGAAGGAGCAGCUACAGUUCUACACUUUGCUUCUUCCAGAGGGUCUGGGCUCCUGGCUGUUGAGAAAUGAUUGUUUCCUGGAGACGUGGACUCUGUUGAAGUUUUCAAUUUUACUGAAUCACUAACAUUUGCACCAGUUCAACGCUAAGAAGUUUACUAGAAAUUAUUCUACACUGUAAAAAAAAAAACAUCCGUCACUGAUAAGAGAUAAGUGCCAAGCUGAAAGAGGAGGCUGCUGAUGUUUAGUCAGAUCUCGGAAAUGUGACCAACACAGACUGAACGGCUUUGUUCCCUUCCUCCACCUCAAAUUGCUAAAACUACGGGCAGACUGCAAUUCUAAAACGCCGCCGAAAAUCAGCGUCGAUGUUCGUAUCUUCUCUUUCUGUUUUCUGAUUGGUCCAGUUGAAAUUCUACCAGAGACAAUCCAAGUGAAGGGAAGAAAGCCUCCAGACUGGGCAGUGAGGGAGAUUUAAAUUGAGUGAAAUUGCACAGGAAGGGAAUGGCCAGGCCCAUGCUCACUGUUUAAUGUCAGAGUUAGUGUGACUUUAACCCAGAAUGGAGAUAAGUAAUGUACAACAAACCAGGCCAAAUAAAGAUCAGUCAAUUUA